AUGAACAGCCUGGUGGCCACGCCUCCUGUGCCUCCCCAUUUCUACGAGCAUCCUCGACACUCUCCUUCCCGUAUAAUGUCUACACCAUCCUCCUAUACCUCCCGGAAGCGGAAAGCUGACGACGAUGGCAAUGACCACGACGGACGCAUGUCUGCCUCCCCAACCAACUCACCCGCCUUCACCCCUCGCCAGCUGCCUCCCAUGCGGAACAUCAAGCGUUCCCGGCCGAACAUUUCAGGCCGUCCGCUGGCUCUACCUCGCCUGCUAGAAACGCUGGACACAGAUGCCUUACGGGCGGUGGUUCGGACCAUGUGCGAGCGCCACCCCCAGCUCGCCGACGAGGUGGUACACACCUCCCCCCGACCCAGCGUCUCCUCGACUCUGCAGGUGCUCCGAAAUUACCAGGCGGCUCUCCAGUCGUCGUUCCCCCUGGGUGGCAACACCGAGUCCGACUACGCCUACAACCGAGUCCGCCAGCCGCUCAGCAACCUCCUCGACGCCCUGAAUGACUUCACGCCCAACUUCCUCCCCCCGAACGAGCCGCAGGCGUCCACCUCGUUGAGCUAUCUCGACGGAGCCACGGAUAUCAUCCAUGCCCUGCCACGAUGGAGCACGCUCCAGAACAACUUCGAGCGGGACUCCGCCUACGAUGAGAUUUGCAAGGCUUGGAUCCUGGUGAUCCGAGAAGCAGGCAAACGGGGCGGUGGCAUCCAGCUUCAGUAUGGCGGCUGGGACCAGACGCUGGCCAAACACAACCAGAACUCCGGAGGGAAGCUCCAGGCGGCGGUGAACGAGUUGGGCUCCAGUCUGGGGUGGAUGGCCGGGUCCGACAACACCCCCUCUCACAGUCCUGGCGGUGGUAGUGAAAUGGGCUCGAUACGAGAUCAGCUUCUCUCGGGCACCUAUGGGCUGGGGACUCCUGUCAAGGUUGGCCCCUGGUGA